AUGCAAGGUCCAACAGUAAUACCCACACCACCCAAACCUCCCUGCCUCUAUCGCGUGACCGACAGCACCUCACACACACUCCCCAACCACCUCUCGGGAGACUUCGACACAGGCACACAAACCGGAGCCACAUGGGAAGACAUCAUAAGUCCCCUAACCCUCGAUCGACAACUCGACGGGCCGGAUUUCCAUUUCCACAACGUCAGCGAAGACGAUGACAACAACGACUACGAAAGCCAUCUUGCGAAAAUUUUCAAUUCUCCACUCUUCGUCUCGACGACGACUUCUGCAGCGUGGGCUACUUCAGAACAUCGUAGAAGGCUGUUGAAGAAGAGAAGAAGAGAUGUUCGAACGUAUAAGAUUGAUUUGCAUCGGUUUGAGUGGGAAUAUGUGGAACUUGGUAAAGGGAUCAAGUUUCCAAUUUUGAGAAGUCCUGGGUGGGAAUGUGCUGUGUUUUCGACGGAUUGUGCGACACAGGGGUUGAAUUGGUGGAAUCAUAAGCGUGACAGUUUGGAGUGGUUUGCUGUUGUGUGCAUACCGAGCAAGUUUAUCCAUCUGGUCGAGGUCAAUGGUGUGCUGCUGUCUAGUGGAAGUAGUAGUGACACAGGGAAUAACGUGAGCUGGGCAGGGUAA